AUGACCGCUCGAGACUCCACCGACAAUGGCCAGGAAAGCAAGAAGUCCCUCUACCAGCGCUACAAGGACGCGAAAGCCAGCAAGCCCAUCCCCGAGCAAGACCUGAAGAAGUACACGGGCAUGACCAGCGACGAGUUGAAGGACUGGGCCAAGGACAGGGACGGCGUCGCGGGCAACCAGGCCGCGGGAAAGAUCAACGCCGGACCCGCGAGUGGUUUUGCUGGCUACGAAGCUGCUCACGGCGUUGGUGGUUGGGGACCGGAUGCCAAGGGCGAGGCAAAGUUCCCCCCACAGCAGUCCAAGGAAUCUAAAGAGUAA